CUUCACAACCACCUCUACCUCGGUAACCACCACCACCAUCACCUCGUCGUCGGGCAACGCCGAGCCCGUCCGUCCAGUUCGGUGCGCGCGCCAGACGACCGCUCGCCGUGGUCGCACGAACUCAGGUCUCGCGCGUUAUAUCAGUCAUCCGCGUCAUUCCGCUCCGCCAUAACCAUAUUUUGUUGUUUCGCGCCCAUUUCCUUUCAAUCCCUGUUGUACCAGCCACCCAUCAGUGACGAAGUUUUUCCAAUCCGUUUAACUCCUGACAGAAUAUUAAUUAGUAUAUAAUAUAUACACACACCUGCUCGCGUACGUGAACUGCAGUGUCGUCCGUUUAGGUUUCUUAUUUUUCUUUAGAAUUUCGUUUUUCGUAUUCCGCUCCGAUAAGUGCGCAAGAAAACCGUUUACCGGCAAACGCAGAAGUGCGCGCCUACCUACCCGUGUCUUCACGUCAUCGUCUCGUAUGACGCGGUAGCCGAUUGCUGCGAUGAUGCAGGACGACGAUGAUGACGACCGCGGUCGUCGUCUUAAUUAUCUCCGUCAUUGAAAGACCCACAUGAAGUUGCAGAUAUUAUGUGGGCGCGCGAAAUGUAGGCGUCGGGCGAGCUAGCAUGCGGAGCGCCAGCACAGUGAGCGGCCCUCUACUGUCUGUUUCAACGCCUGCCAGCCAACAAAACCGGUUAGCUGCCGUCCACCUGCUCACUGGCCAAUUAUUGUAUUUCACUGUCGAGGGUAAAUCUCGGGUAAAAGAAGUCUUCUCACAGCUGACGACUUACAUGAUUGCUCAAGGAAUGCAAGACGUCGAACUGUUCGCACUGGCAUUUAUUCUAGACGAAGAAUAUUUUUUCGCUGACCCUGAAAGUAAACUGUCUAAGUAUUCGCCAAAAAGUUGGAAAUCGUCUUCGACAUAUGGUCUCGAUCAAAACGGCCAACCUCUACUCCAGUUGCAUUUACGCGUCAAGUUUUACGUCGACACUACUAAAUCUCUACGCGAUGACGUCACCCGGCAACACUAUUACCUUCAGCUGCGCAAAAACGUCGCGGAAAGAGGCGGCUCCACGGAAGACGACCAGAAUGUACUGUCGCUGGUGGCACUCGGCCUGCAGGCGGACCUCGGCGAUCACACGACCGACACGGACAUAUCGUCCGAGUUGCUCGAACAGUAUCUGCCAUCGAAGGUGUACAAAGUUAACGAGCAAAAGGUGAAACAGACGUUGUGCACUUUGCACAAGGGCCAUAAAGGAUUGUCCAAGACUUGUGCGCAGACCAUGUUUCUUCAGGAAGCUGGUGUGGUGCACAAAUCUCACCUAUACCGGUUGCGGUUGAACAAGUCGCAGCCGAAACAAACGCACGGAAGCUCGCUAUCCAUAUGCAACAGCGUGUUUUUGUCUAUUUCUACCCCCGGCGUACAGAUGUUCCACGAAAGCUUAUCGCAAGCGCUCACUGGUUUAUUCUUGUGGAACACCAUCGUCAAGCUGUGUUUUGACCGUAAAAAAUUCGAACUGAGGCCAUCGAACACUGAUCGAUUGGUAUACUACACAAAUUCGGACGAGAAGAGCAAGAGGCUGUUGGCGCUGUGUCGAGACACUCAUCAAUUUUGCAUGACAGUACACCCGAGGCUUUUGGACACGCUUUUGAACAACAACACAUCUGAUAAGAACGCUUUCGACGGGCUAAAAUGGACCAACGAGAAGAAAUCAAAAUCGAAGAAGGACGAUGACGCCAUCGAAAAGAAAAAAUGCGAGAACGGCGGUUGCUCCGAUUCCAGUAUUUCGACGGCCGACCCGAAGACUUCUAUUCCCAAGGACAAGGUACCAAAUGGGAGCAUAUCGUCCAGCGUGGAACUGGGCUACAGUCACACGGCGCAGAACUCAGCCAUGUCCGAGCUGGAUUAUUCUGUGCAGUCAGCGCAGGACAGUAGCGACGCAUACUUGAUGUACAGGCAUCCGAGGGCCAGGGCGGCGUACGUAGACAACAGCAACCAAUCGGCGAACACUAGCAGCGGCGUGUACACGUGCGCCAGCUACAGUACAGCGUCAAAGGACAUGGCGUCCGCGUCGUACACCACCGAAAACUGUAGUUGCAGUGUAGACUGCAACCACGGCGGUGGCAGUUACAAAGGUACGACGGCCGCGGCCGCCAUGCAGAAGUCGUCCAUGAUGGUACAGCAACCGGACGCUGACUCAGCGUACAGCGCGUCACUGCCGCCGGACACGGUGGCGGCGUCGUCCACGUCGGCGGACGAGGAAGGGCGUCCGGUGGGCCACGGGCAGCAGGCCGCAGCGGUGGACGACUGCGACGGUGGCUGUAGCGGCGCCGAUGAGCUAUACGACUUGUCAGCCGCGGCCACCAGCGACAGUUCGUAUUGCGUCGGCGGCGCCACGACCGCCACGUCCGCCUCCGACGUAGCUCUGUCGUCGGCGUCAUCGUCCAAAUGUGGUGAAAAUGGUUGCAGUAAUCGGUGCGCGCUGGAUGGUUACGCGGACGCGAGUGGUGCGGCGACUGGCGGCCGCAGCCGCAGCGGUUCAGUGGUCAGCAACUCGGGCAGUUUCCGCGGCGACGGCAGCGAUCCGUCCGAGGGCGGGCGCGGCGCGCUCCUGUCCGCCGUCGAGCUGUCCGAUCUGAUCGUCGGCCGCAAGUCGUUGCAGACGCCCCGCAAAGGCUUCUAUCCGUCCCGGCCAACCACCAGCUCUACGCUAGACUCAGACUCGGAUUAUGUGACGUUGCCCCCACCGAUGAACUUCGUUACUGGUGCCCCGUCCUUGUCUAACCUAUCAUUAGCCAACUUCGACUGCGGCACUGGCACUGUGGCCCCGCACUGGGACGUCCGCCGGUCGCUCGACCUGCUGUCCAAUGUGGUCAAGUUCUGCGGCGGCCAUCAUCAUCACCAUCACCAUCACCAGUGCGUGCAGGUCAACAGCAACAAUUACCUAGACGUGCACAAGAGUGGCGCUGCGUUUUACCAUCAUAUCUACCCGGCUGCCGCCUCUGUCGCCUCAGUAGCACCACCGUUGCUGCACGCUCGACAACCGCCGCCGCCUCCACCUCCACCACGGCCCAAGCGGUUUGACUUGCAGCUGGAACAGUACAAACAGCAGCUCCGAUCCGAUGUCGACUUCGUUGUGUACCCGCUCCAAGACCCGGCGGUCAGCCGCCAAGAGUACGUGGACGCCAAGCUGACCCGCGGCCGUCGGCACCAAUACCACAGGUACUACGGCCGAGACCCGCCGUCGUACCAGGCCAAAGCACACCUCUACCGAAGCACACCAAAUGUUGCGGUCGCAGUCUCACCACCCCCACCACCACCGUCCUCGUCGUCUGCGUCGUCGUCGUCGCUGUCUCACCACCACCAUCACCACCAUCACCUGCUUGGUCAGCAGCAGCAACUGCAGCUGCAGCUACAGCAACAGCAACAGCCGCCGCCGCUGCCUCCGUUGCCGCCGCACUUGAAAUACGCUUCCAACCAAAAUUUGCUGUUCCCGGCCACUGUGGCCGCAUCCGCCGACUACGCCGCGCAACACCAUCACCACCGCCGUCACAGGCUGCAACCGUUGCCGCUGCCGGUCCGGACGUACUCUCACGAUGACUUGUUGGCCGCCUCUUCUUCAGCACCGGCCGUGCCCCCGAAAGUACAGCUAUUCCAUCGACGACCGCCGCCACCGCCACCACCUGUGACCGGACUCCAGAAGCCCGCAGCUGUUAUCCACCCUCGUCGCCCUGCGGUCGUGGACGCCGCAACCACCACCAACGGCGCCACCACCACCACCACCAAUGACGCCACAACUCCGACGGGGUCCACGACGGUAUUGGACAUCAUGUCAUUGCGGGAGAAGAGCCGCAACCUGGACUUGCCACUCAUAUCGGCCCUGUGCAACGACCAGACGCUGCUUAAGCAGACUAACGCUCUGGUCACCGAAAACAAGGCCACGCAAACGGUGGCCACCAGUUCGUCGUCCCUGUCCGACGCUACGGCCAUCGCGUCGUCUUUGUACAGACCACUGCCGCCGCUGUCUUUGUCUUCGUACCAUCCACCGCCACCGCGUCCUUCGUCUGCGUAUCAACCACCGGCGCAGCCUUCGUCUGCCGAACAGACGCAGCCGUCGCAGGGGGGUGUCGUGUCCACCAACAAGCCAAAUUGCACGAGGUGCACUAACGGUACGUCGUCAUAUUCGUCGCCACCGCCGCCGAGUUUUAUGUCGGUUUCGGCGUCACCUGCUGUUGUACCAGCCGCCGCCGUUAAGACGGCCAAAUCAAAAACCAACCACGUCAAAACCAACACAAAUAUUAUUUAGUGAUUACCUAUAGUUUAAAAACAGACAAAACUUCCAUACGAUUACGAAAUAUUUUUUUAUUAUAUAUUUAUACAUGCGAGGAGAGGGCGUCCGAGUAAGACGGUUUUUCUUUUUUAAGGGAAAAGGAACCAAAAAUCCAUUGUCGGAAGAAAGGGGGGGGAGAUUUCCGUAGACAUUGUCGUUUAGCCUAAGUCUGUCGGUCACUCGAAAAAUUAUAUUGGAGUUCGACGAAAACGGUCUUUGUUCGACUAACGCACGUGUUGUGGUUUUAUUUUUUAUUUUUGUAAUAAAUUGGGAACGUGGGUUAUCAACAAGUUUCCAAACCAGAAUGACAUUAUAAGCUAUAUUCUAUUGGCUAUAUAAGCUAUAUUUCCAGCAAUCAUCUUAUUAUAUUCAUCGACUAUAGAGGUCAGUCAAAUAUUCAAAUGUGUAACCCGGUUACUUUGGUUUUUACUCGGACACCCUCCGCGCACGCAAUUUAGUAUUGUUACCUUAUGAUAUUUAUUUAUUUGUGCCAAUUUUAUUUUUAUACUUGUGUAUACUAUACGAAUGGUAAAAUUAUUUUUUUUUUAACACUUGUUACACAAUUCGCAUUGAUAAUGCAAAUUGUAAGCAUUUAAUAUAUAUUUUUUAUACAUUAUGUAUAUAAUGAAAAACGAUCCGUGCAGGACUUGUACAAAUUCGGGGCAUAAGUCACUCGAUAUAUAGUUUUUAUGGUUAAUAUGCUCCGGCCUGUUUGAAGAAUGG